CCAUCUGCUUAUGAGCCUGGGCCAGCGAGGGGGACCACCACAGCCCCCGACAGGGGCAUUAGAAGGGCAGGUGGAGCCGGUGGCUUUGAUUGCAGUAACCCGAUCCCGAGGGGGAGGUGGCAACCAGGGGCGGCUUCAGCCUCAGCCUCAGCGCCACUGCGGGGCCGCCAGGCUGGGAAGGCAGCGGCCUGCAGCUGAGGGCUGGGCUGGGAAGUGCUGGGGCUGGGGCCCGGGUCAGCAGCCACUGCCUCUUCUGCUGGCCCAUCUAUUUUUAAUGAGCUCCCCAGGGUUCUGCAGCGGGCAGGAUGCAGACAGGCAGGCCCAGGCAGUGGAGGCCCGAGGCCCCAGCCCUGCCCUGAGCCCUGGCCUCCCAACCUUUCUGGGCAUGAGAGGGUGGCCCUGGGGCCCUGCAGCCCCCCGGCCGGGCAGGACUCUCCAUGAAGUCGGUGCUGAAGAUGGAUUCGAGCCCAGACAAUGACAGCUGGUUGGAGGAUCAGUGGGAGCACUGGCUCACCCAUGACAUCAGCUUGGAGGAGUUUGAAGAUGAAGACCUCUCAGAGAUCACCGAGGAGUGUGGCAUCAGCCUGCAGUGCAAAGACACUCUGUCCUUGCGGGUAAGAGCCGGCUCUCAGGAGCCCCGGGGGUGGGAGGACAGUGGGGGACAGGAACAGGAAGAAGGGGCCACNNNNCGGCCGGGAGCGGGGCCGCCGGAGGCCGAGCCCCGCCAGGAGCCCGCGCCCCGCGGCCAGGGACAGGACCAGGGCGGCGGGGACACGUAUCGGCCCAAGCGGCCCACCACGCUCAACCUCUUCCCGCAGGUGCCGAGGUCUCAGGACACACUGAAUAAUAAUUCUCUGGGCAAGAAGCACAGUUGGCAGGAUCGGGUGUCUCGGUCAUCCUCACCCCUGAAGACCGGGGAGCAGACGCCUCCACAUGAGCACAUCUGCCUGAGCGAUGAGCUGCCACCCCCGAGCAGCCCCGCCACCACCAAGGACCGAGGCACCUCCACUGACAGCCCCUGCCGCCGAAGCACCGCCCCGCAGAUGGCCCCUCCCGGCGCCCCCCCCGCCGCCCCCCCAAGCAGCCGGGGCCACGCGCACCGAGACCGCAUCCACUACCAGGCGGACGUGCGGCUAGAGGCCACCGAGGAGAUCUACCUGACGCCAGUGCAGAGGCCGCCGGACCCUGCAGAGCCCACGUCUGCCUUCCUGCCGCCGGCCGAGAGCCGGAUGUCGGUCAGCUCCGAUCCAGACCCUGCGGCCUACCCCUCCGCGGCAGGCCGGCCGCACCCCUCCAUCAGUGAGGAGGACGAGGGCUUCGACUGCUUGUCGUCCCCCGAGCGGGCCGAGCCGCCGGGUGGAGGGUGGCGGGGGAGCCUCGGGGAGCCGCCGCCGCCUCCACGGGCCUCGCUGAGCUCGGACACCAGCGCCCUGUCCUACGACUCGGUCAAGUACACGCUGGUGGUGGAUGAGCACGCACAGCUGGAGCUGGUGAGCCUGCGGCCGUGCUUCGGAGACUACAGCGAUGAGAGCGACUCAGCCACCGUCUAUGACAACUGCGCGUCUGUCUCCUCGCCCUACGAGUCGGCCAUCGGGGAGGAGUACGAGGAGGCCCCCCGGCCGCGGCCCCCCGCCUGCCUCUCCGAGGACUCCACGCCGGACGAGCCCGACGUCCACUUCUCCAAGAAGUUCCUGAAUGUCUUCAUGAGCGGCCGCUCUCGCUCCUCCAGUGCAGAGUCCUUCGGGCUCUUCUCCUGUGUCAUCAACGGCGAGGAGCGGGAGCAGACACACCGGGCCAUAUUCAGGUUUGUGCCUCGACAUGAAGAUGAGCUGGAGCUCGAGGUGGACGACCCUCUGCUGGUGGAGCUGCAGGCCGAGGACUACUGGUACGAGGCCUACAACAUGCGCACGGGCGCCCGGGGGGUCUUCCCCGCCUACUACGCCAUUGAGGUCACCAAGGAGCCGGAACAUAUGGCAGCCCUGACCAAAACCAGCGACUGGGUGGACCAAUUCCGGGUGAAGUUCCUGGGCUCCGUCCAGGUUCCCUACCACAAGGGCAACGACGUGCUCUGUGCUGCUAUGCAAAAGAUUGCCACCACCCGCCGGCUCACCGUGCACUUUAACCCGCCAUCCAGCUGCGUCCUAGAGAUCAGCGUGCGGGGCGUGAAGAUCGGCGUCAAGGCUGAUGAUUCCCAAGAGGCCAAGGGGAAUAAAUGUAGCCACUUUUUCCAGUUAAAAAACAUCUCUUUCUGUGGAUACCAUCCGAAGAACAAUAAGUACUUUGGGUUCAUCACCAAGCACCCCGCUGACCACCGGUUUGCCUGCCACGUCUUUGUGUCCGAGGAAUCCACCAAAGCCCUGGCAGAGUCCGUGGGGAGAGCAUUCCAGCAGUUCUACAAGCAGUUCGUGGAAUACACGUGCCCCACGGAAGACAUCUACCUGGAGUAGCCGCGCCGCCCCGCCUUCUCCAUCCCCGGGCCCGCAGGCCGCACAGGGACACCUGGCUGCUGACGGGAUGCGGCGCUGCUUGAGGAGGGGCGCCCGUCACCACCCGAGGACGGGGAAGUGGGGGCCUUUGGCCGAGGGUGGGGGAGGGCGGGGUUUCUGGGGAGAGGCAAAUGCAGUUUAUUGUAAUAUAUGGGACUAGAUGCAUCUAUGGAGGACAGAGCAGGCUGCCCGGGGCCUGGGAGGCAGCGGGGCUGGGGGGGCAGGCCUCUGGCCAGGAAGGAUGUCCGUCGUAGGAGCCGAGGGCUUGGCCCCGUCCUGGGCGUCGCUUCCCCUGCCAGGGCCUCUGGCUCUCUCUCCAAGCCGAUGCCACCUGCCAGUGCCCACCCGCCCCCCCAUCCCCAGCGCCCGGCUGAGCCCAGCCACCUCCCAAGGACUUCACAGCAGGUGGGGGUGCAGUCCCUGUUCUCCUCUGUCACUUGUGUGGGCUCUGGGUGGCUGGCACGCUGGCCCCCGGCACGUGUGGGGCCUCACCAGGGAAGAAGAGCGCUGCGGCAGGGCCCCCGGCCCGGCAGGAAAAGGAGGCUUCUGGACGGGCCCGGGCCAGCCAGGGCCUCUUGGCUGCUUCGGCUGUAGCCCCAGCUUGGUCCAUCCCCCCUGGCCCCUACUAUUAAAGUGCCAUUUCCUGUCUGGA